GCGAAAUUUUCAUUUUUCAUUUUCCAUCCUAGGGGAAAAGUUACGUGAUAGAUGCCCAGGUGUACAACGAUUGUCCCGAGUUUUUUUCUCAACUAGUUAUUCCGUAUUUCGUAUUUUGUUUUUAAUUUAUUUUCGCAAUUGGCCAUAUCGACCUGCAAGGGAUCGGGUGUCAUUAAAUACUACGAAGAAGAAGAAGGAUCUACGGACUGAUGCAACAGCAACAGCGGCAUCAAGCUCAACCAGGAAUGGGCAUGAGCGCACAAAUCCCGCGGCAACAGGGCGUCAUCGGGCCGAUCGGUCAGGUCGGCCUGCAGGCGGGCAUGAACAAGCACGCUUUACAGCAGCUGAUGCAGACCCUCAAGAGCCCAGCGUCGGCCGAACAGCAGAAUCAAAUACUUCAAAUACUCAAGAGUAAUCCGCCGUUGAUGGCCGCCUUUAUCAAGCAACGGGCACUUGUCCACCAGCAACAACCUGGUCAACAUGGUGGAGGAGUCGGCGGUCCAUUGGGUCCUAAUCAACCUCAACAUCAACAACAACCUAGUUUGCAGCAUAUGAUGUCCCAACAGCAGCAGCCUCUGGAUUUGUCUAAUUAUACAAAUAAACUUCGAAAAUGUACAGGGUUGGGGAACGCUCCCUCGAAAAGCGCCUUUAACCCCGAGGGGAUGGAUAAAGUGCAAUACAAAUAAACUUCGAAAUAGAAGGCUUAUAUGAUUUUUUAAAUUGUACUAUUCAAAAAUAAAAUUUCGUGUCUAGAAAAUUAUUGUCCCGUCUGACCCAAUAUUUAAGUCGUACUACUGCCUCAAGUUUUGAUCUGUGGCGGCAUCUAAGGAGUACAAGGCAGAACUAGCCCGACCAAUGAGAGGGCAGCACGAAUACCGAGAUGGAGAGCCUUGGAAGGAAUCAGAGAACAAGAAGAAGCUAAUUGCUCGCGCUUUAAGUCACACGUGCAUUAAGUAAUCAGUUCUAGUCUGUAUUAAAUAAAGUCAGCAUCUUUAUAUAUUUUCACCUAAACCGAAAUGUUGUAAUAGUUCCUCGUGCGUUAAAACUGCCUUAAAUGUAGCAUAAUAAUCAAAUAAAUAAUACGCUCGCUACA